AAACAGAUGCAGGAUCCGGCUCCGUCGGAUUAUCUACGGACGUUCGUGAUCGGACUCCAGGCAAAGUUUGCCUGUUUGGUUUCUCUCCAUCCCUCGUUCUUCCCUGUCCCGUGCGGCGUCGGCUAGAUCGUGGCGCUCCGGCGACGGCGGUUGAAGGGCGACGGCUGCGGCAGGGCGUAGGAAACCCAUUUGUGUAUCUCAAAUCAAGAGUAGGUUCCUACAAAUUCUGAAGAAAUGGAAAUGGGAGACAAGGCGGUCGGCCUUGUGUUGACCAUGACGAGUUUAUCCAUCUUUACCUACUACACUUUCUGGGUCAUAAUCUUGCCAUUUGUUGACGAUGACCAUUUUGUCCACCAAUACUUUCUACCUCAAGAAUACGCCAUCUUCAUCCCUGUGUUUGCCGGUGUGGUGCUACUUUCGUUCUUAAGUAUAUUCAUCGGUCUUGUGAUGCUGAAAUCGAAGAAAAAGAAGGAUGCUUGAUGGAUUUGGCGACUCCCCCGCUGUUCCAGUGGAAUUUCUGGUUUACUUGUAGAACCUAGUAGACAGGUUUCGUGGAUGAUUGUAUUUCAUUGAGUCGCCUUCACUUGUGAUCCAAGGCUUUCUCGUGACUGCGUGUUCUUGGUAGUUAUCGAUCGCAAGGUGUAUGCCAUUCCAAGAAUAAACAUGGAUCAAAUAUCAAGUGUUGUUACAUCGAUAA